AUGAGUUUGAAAAGAAGUGUAUUACUUAGAUUAUCGGAUACAGGUGAACCAAUUACGAGUUGUUCCUAUGGUCAAGGUGUAUUAACAUUACCAUCUUUGCCACUCCCAGAUGAUGCUAAAGAGGGAACACCAUUCUAUACAGUAAAAUUGUUCAUCUCUGCUGGUUCCCCCAUCUCAAGAAAUGGGUUAAUUUGGACAAAUUGUCCCCCAGAACAUACCAUCCCUUUCCAAAGGGAUAAAUUCUAUAAAAAAGUCUUAAACGCAAGCUUCCAUCAAGAUGAUAGUGUAGAUCUAGAUAUCUAUAGACCAGGUUCAUAUUGUUUCUAUCUAUCCUUCAGAAAUGAAAAAGAACAAUUAGAAACUACAAGGAAAUUUUAUUUCAUGGUAUUGCCCAAUUUAAAGAUAAAUGGUCAAUUCUUGCAAUUAAAUUCAAUCGCUAUGCAAAGUGUCGUAUCCAAAUGGAUGGGUAAAGAUUGGGAUAAAAUCUUUGCCAAGAUAGCUGAUAAGAAAUAUAAUAUGAUUCAUUUCACUCCUUUACAAAUCAGAGGUGAAUCAAAUUCUCCAUAUUCUUUAUGUGAUCAUUUGAAAUUUGAUCCUGAUUUUUUCCAAUCUCCUGAUGACGUCAAGAAAAUGGUGCAGCAUCUACAAAAGGAUUAUGGAAUGUUAUCACUGACUGAUAUCGUCUUUAACCAUACUGCUAACAAUUCUCCUUGGCUAUUGGAUCAUCCAGAAGCUGGGUAUAAUUAUAUCACCGCUCCCCAUUUGAUCCCAGCUAUUGAACUAGAUGCCAAAUUGUUGGAAUUUAGCCAAAACCUAUCCAAUAGAGGUUAUCCAACAGAUCUGAAGAAUAUCGACGACUUGUUCAAAAUUAUGGAUGGUAUUAAAGUUCAUGUUCUUGGUUCCAUAAAAUUAUGGGAAUAUUAUGUCGUUGAUAUUGAAUCCACACUCGAAGGUAUCAAAAGGGUUUGGAAUGAAACUUCCAAAUGGAAUGAAAAUGAAUCUUCACUACAAGAUUUAGAAGAUAACUUGAUUAAAAUGGGCCAAUUUACUCGCGAUAACGCUGUUCUUGAAAAUUUCGGAACCUUGGCCGAAAAAGGUUCAAAUAAAAUUGAUGUGGAAAAAUUCUCAAGUAUAUUAAAAUCCUUAUAUGGUGAUGAAUUAAAUGAUACAAUUAUUACAAAGGCCCAUAAGAUAUUAGAUCAAGUUAACUUACCAUUAUACAAAGAAUAUGAUGAUGAUAAUAGUGAAAUCCUAGAACAAUUGUUCAACCGUAUCAAAUAUUUGAGAAUUGAUGAGAAUGGUCCAAAACAAGGUCCUAUUACUGAUAAACAACCAUUGACAGAACCUUAUUUCACUCGUUUUACAGGUACAGAUGGUAAUAAAUAUGCAUUAGCAAAUAAUGGCUGGAUAUGGAAUGGUAACCCAUUAGUCGAUUUUGCCUCUUCCAAAUCAAAAGCUUACUUGCGCAGAGAAGUAAUUGUUUGGGGUGAUUGUGUUAAAUUAAGAUAUGGUUCAGGUCCACAAGAUUCUCAGUAUUUAUGGGAUAGAAUGGGUAAAUACAUAGAAAUGAAUGCAGAUAUCUUCGAUGGGUUCAGAAUUGAUAAUUGUCAUUCUACUCCCUUACACGUUGGUGAAUAUUUUUUAGAUCUUGCAAGAAGAGUCAAUCCAAACUUAUAUGUCGUUGCCGAAUUAUUUUCGGGUUCAGAAACAAUGGAUUGUUUAUUCGUUGAGAGAUUAGGUAUUUCAUCUUUAAUAAGAGAAGCUAUGCAAGCAUGGUCUGAGGAAGAACUUUCAAGAUUAGUCCAUAAACAUGGUGGUAGACCAAUUGGUUCAUACAAAUUCGUUCCUAUGGAUGAUUUCCCAUAUCCAGCCGAUAUUCAGUUAGAUGAAGAAUAUUGCGCUGUUAAUCCAGAAGAUAACGCUUUAAGAUGUGUUUCUGAAAUCAUGAUCCCCAAAAUUUUAACCGCUACUCCUCCACAUGCCUUAUUCAUGGACUGCACACAUGAUAAUCAAACACCCUAUCAGAAAAGGACAGUUGAAGACACUUUACCUAAUGCUGCAUUAGUAGCUUUAUGUUCCUCUGCUAUUGGUUCCGUUUAUGGUUACGAUGAAAUUUAUCCAUAUUUAUUAGAAUUAGUUACUGAAUCGAGAACCUAUGAUACAGAAUCUUGUGAUGGUAUUGGCAAAAUUAGAGCCAUGCUAAAUGAAAUAAGAGAUGAUAUUGGUAUGAAAAGUAAAGAUAUUGAAGAUUCUGAAAUGCAUGUCCAUCAUGAGGGUCAAUAUAUCACAUUUCAUAGAACAGAUGCCAAGAGUGGUUCAGGUUAUUAUUUAAUUGCAAGAACUAAAUUUUAUGAUGGGGGUGAACAAAAGUUACCACCUGUAAUAUUGAGUGAUUCCAUUUGUAAAUUAAAAUUAGCUUAUACUUUGGAAAAAACUGGUGAUGUACAAGAAUCGAAGACAUUAAUUAAAGGUAUUCCAACUAAUCUGAGGGAAUUGAAAGGUUUUAACGUGUCUUACGAUGAAAAGACAAGAAAUUCUACAAUUUUAUUACCUGACGAUUUCCCACAGGGUUCGAUCGCAAUUUUUGAAACUCAACAAAAUGGUGUUGAUAUGUGGUUAGAUCAUUUCAUUAGAUCUGGUGCUAUUAGAGCUACAACCAAUUUGAACUUAGAAUCGUUGAAUGCAAUCUUGUAUCGCGCGGAACCUGAAGAAAUGGAUGCUAGUGCUGGUAGAAGAGGUGCUUAUGAUAUUCCUAAUUAUGGUAAGUUAGUGUACUGUGGUUUGCAAGGUUGGGUAUCCGUGCUAAGAAAAAUCAUGUUUAAUAACGAUUUAGCUCAUCCAUUAAGUGCCAAUUUACGUGGGGGCCAUUGGGCUUUAGACUAUGUCAUUGAUAGAUUAGACCUUUAUAAUGAUGAAGCAGGUAUUGAAGAUGUCCAAAGAUGGUUACGUAGUAGAUUAGAUAGAGUAAAGAAAUUACCAAAUUAUUUGGUUCCAAGUUAUUUCUGCUUAAUUAUUGGUGUCUUAUAUGGUUGUUGUCGUUUACGUGCUAUGCAAUUAAUGUCUGGAAAUAUUGGUAAAUCCACUGAAUUUGUUCAAAGUUUGGCGAUGACUUCCAUUCAAAUGGUUUCCAAGAUGGAAUCUACAUCUUUAUUGCCACACGAAAAUAUUCCUGCUAUGGCAGCUGGUCUUCCCCAUUUCAGUACUGAAUAUAUGAGAUGUUGGGGUAGAGAUGUUUUCAUAUCCUUAAGAGGGUUGUUAUUAACUACUGGAAGAUUUGAGCAAGCUAAAGCUCAUAUUCUUGCAUUUGCUAAAACAUUAAAGCAUGGUUUAAUUCCAAAUUUAUUGGAUGCUGGCAGGAAUCCAAGGUAUAAUGCCAGAGAUGCUGCUUGGUUCUUUGUUCAAUCUGUUCAAGAUUAUGUUAGUAUCGUUCCUGGAGGUGAAUCGAUCUUAAAGGAAAAGGUUACUAGGAGAUUCCCCAAGGAUGAUACCUAUAUUAAAUAUAACGAUCCUAUUGCCUUCAGUUAUUCGAGUACCAUUGAAGAAAUUGUCUAUGAGAUUUUAAGUAGGCAUGCAGCUGGCAUCAAAUAUAGAGAAGCUAAUGCUGGUCCAAAUUUAGAUAGAGUUAUGACAGAUAAAGGUUUUGAUGUCGAGGUUCAUGUUGAUUGGUCUAAUGGUUUAAUCUUCGGUGGGUCACAAUAUAACUGUGGUACAUGGAUGGAUAAGAUGGGUGAAAGUGCUAAGGCAAAAUCAGUUGGUAUACCAGGAACACCAAGGGACGGUGCGGCAAUAGAAAUUAACGGAUUAUUAAAGAGUUGUUUAAGAUUUGUCAUUGAUAUGAACAAGAAAAACAAUUUCCAAUAUUCCGAAGUUACUAAAUCAGAUGGUACUAAGAUUUCCUUUGUUGAAUGGGAUAAGUUGUUACAAGAUAACUUUGAAAAAUGUUACUGGAUUCCAAAAGAUGCAGCUGAUGAUAAAUUAUUUGAUGUGGAUGUUAACAUUGUGAACAGGAGAGGUAUUUACAAAGAUUUGUAUCGAUCUGGUAAGCCAUAUGAAGACUAUCAAUUAAGACCUAAUUUUGCCAUUGCGAUGACUGUUGCUCCAGAAUUAUUUACACCUGGUUUUGCCAUUUCAGCUAUAGAGUUGGCAGAUAAAUAUUUAAGAGGACCAGUUGGUAUGCGUACAUUAGAUCCAAGUGAUUAUAAUUAUCGUCCAUAUUAUAUUAAUUCAGAAGAUUCAGAAGAUUUUGCUACAUCUAAGGGUAGAAACUAUCAUCAAGGACCUGAAUGGGUAUGGUGCUACGGUUAUUUCUUAAGAGCUUUCCAUUACUUCUAUUUCAAUACAUCAAGACGUUGUCAAAACGAGCCAAAGAGUAAACCAUCAUCCUACUUAUACCAACAAUUGUACAAUAGAUUGCAAGGUCAUAGAGAUUGGUUAGCACAAAGUCCAUGGGCAGGGUUAACAGAGUUGACUAACAAAGACGGUGAAAUUUGUAAUGAUUCCAGUCCAACACAAGCAUGGAGUUCUGGAUGUUUAUUGGAUGUCUUUUAUGAUCUAUGGAGUGCCUAUGAAUAG